AUGUCCCUGAAAGCAGCAGAUUUCUCGGUGGCAGCAGAGAGAGGACGUGCCAUGUGCUCUGGGCGGCUGCCAUCUCCACCGCCGAGCGCAGCCUGCUCCACAUUAUGGCAGAGCAGCAGGGGCCAGGCCCCUCUGGGGGCCCAAACUUCUGAGCCUCUGACCGCAGUCUCCACCACCUCGCCCCCACCACCUCACCCCACCCGCUCGCCCCCACCCACUCCGCCCCCAACCACCUCGCCCCCACCGGCUCGCCCCCACCCGCUCACCCCCACCACCUCGCCCCCACCGGCUCGCCCCCACCCGCUCACCCCCACCACCUCACCCCCACCACCUCGCCCCCACCGGCUCGCCCCCUUCAGGAGCCUCUGCCACUACAUCAAUCAUUCUAUUUGCUUUAAAGCCGGGGAUUUAUGGUGGUUUCUGCGGCGGAUGUGUUUAGCUAUGAUACUUAAUCCGGCGCAACAGGCGACAUAUCAGUGCGAUGAGGCGGGAGGUUGUAAUCACGAGAUAGAGGGGAACAACUGUUGCAUGUUUUCUGGUGUAAUCGCUGCUGAUCCUCGCUGCGUGUUCUGGAGGAGUGUUUACGGGACUCAGAGCUGCAUCAGGCUCAGUGUGGGAUCAGAGAGAACGUGGGGAGUCUGUGGUGUUUUAUACUGUCGAGCAACAAUAUCGUCAGCAGCUGAUGCAGGAGUCAGAGUUAGUCCCUGGGAUGUGACUCAGUUUGUCCCCGGGAUACGACUCAGUUUGUCCCCGGGAUACGACUCAGUUUGUCCCCGGGACGCAACUCAGUUUGUCCCCGGGAUGCGACUCAGUUCCUCCCCGGGAUGCGACUCAGUUUGUCCCCGGGAUACAACUCAGUUUGUCCCUGGGACGCGACUCAGUUUGUCCCCUGGAUACGACUCAGUUUGUCCCCGGGAUACGACUCAGUUUGUCCCCGGGAUGCGACUCAGUUUGUCCCCGGGAUGUGACUCAGUUUGUCCCCGGGAUGCGAUUCAGUUUGUCCCUGGGAUGCGACUCAGUUUGUCCCCGGGAUGCGACUCAGUUUGUCCCUGGGAAGCGACUCAGUUUGUCCCCGGGAUACGACUCAGUUUGUCCCUGGGAUACGACUCAGUUUGUCCCUGGGAUACGACUCAGUUUGUCCCCGGGAUACGACUCAGUUUGUCCCCGGGAUACGACUCAGUUUGUCCCCGGGAUGCAACUCAGUUUGUCCCCGGGAUACGACUCAGUGUGUCCCCUCAGUUUGACUCAGUUUGUCCCCGGGAUACGACUCAGUUUGUCCCUGGGAUGCGACUCAGUUUGUCCCCUUGGAUGCGACUCAGUUUGUCCCCGGGAUACGACUCAGUUUGUCCCCGGGAUACGACUCAGUUAGUCCCCUGGAUGCCACUCAGUUUGUCCCCGGGAUACGACUCAGUUUGUCCCCGGGAUGCCACUCAGUUCCUCCCCGGGAUACGACUCAGUUUGUCCCCUCAGUUUGACUCAGUUUGUCCCCGGGAUGCGACUCAUUUGUCCCUGGGAUACGACUCAGUUUGUCCCCGGGAUACGACUCAGUUUGUCCCCGGGAUGCGACUCAGUUUGUCCCCGGGAUACGACUCAGUUUGUCCCCGGGAUGCAACUCAGUUUGUCCCCGGGAUACGACUCAGUUUGUCCCCUCAGUUUGACUCAGUUUGUCCCCGGGAUACGACUCAGUUUGUCCCUGGGAUGCGACUCAGUUUGUCCCCUGGGAUGCGACUCAGUUUGUCCCCGGGAUACGACUCAGUUUGUCCCCGGGAUACGACUCAGUUAGUCCCCUGGAUGCCACUCAGUUUGUCCCCGGGAUACGACUCAGUUUGUCCCCGGGAUCCCACUCAGUUCCUCCCCGGGAUCCGACUCAGUUUGUCCCCUCAGUUUGACUCAGUUUGUCCCCGGGAUGCGACUCAGUUUGUCCCUGGGAAGCGACUCAGUUUGUCCCCGGGAUACGACUCAGUUUGUCCCUGGGAUACGACUCAGUUUGUCCCUGGGAUACGACUCAGUUUGUCCCCGGGAUACGACUCAGUUUGUCCACGGGAUGCGACUCAGUUUGUCCCUGGGAUGCGACUCAGUUUGUCCCCGGGAUGCGACUCAGUUUGUCCCCGGGAUACGACUCAUUUGUCCCCAGGAUACGACUCAGUUUGUCCCUGGGAUAAGACUCAGUUUGUCCCCUGGGAUGCGACUCAGUUUGUCCCCGGGAUACGACUCAGUUUGUCCCCGGGAUACGACUCAGUUAGUCCCCUGGAUGCCACUCAGUUUGUCCCCGGGAUACGACUCAGUUUGUCCCCGGGAUGCCACCCAGUUCCUCCCCGGAUACGACUCAGUUUGUCCCCUCAGUUUGACUCAGUUUGUCCCCGGGAUGCGACUCAGUUUGUCCCUGGGAAGCGACUCAGUUUGUCCCCGGGAUACGACUCAGUUUGUCCCCGGGAUACGACUCAGUUUGUCCCUGGGAUACGACUCAGUUUGUCCCUGGGAUACGACUCAGUUUGUCCCCGGGAUACGACUCAGUUUGUCCCCGGGAUGCGACUCAGUUUGUCCCCGGGAUACGACUCAGUUUGUCCCCGGGAUGCAACUCAGUUUGUCCCCGGGAUACGACUCAGUUUGUCCCUGGGAUGCGACUCAGUUUGUCCCCUGGGAUGCGACUCAGUUUGUCCCCGGGACACGACUCAGUUAGUCCCCUGGAUGCCACUCAGUUUGUCCCCGGGAUACGACUCAGUUUGUCCCCGGGAUGCCACUCAGUUCCUCCCCGGGAUACGACUCAGUUUGUCCCCUCAGUUUGACUCAGUUUGUCCCCGGGAUGCAACUCAGUUUGUCCCUGGGAAGCGACUCAGUUUGUCCCCGGGAUACGACUCAGUUUGUCCCUGGGAUACGACUCAGUUUGUCCCUGGGAUACGACUCAGUUUGUCCCCGGGAUACAACUCAGUUUGUCCCCGGGAUGCGACUCAGUUUGUCCCCGGGAUGCGACUCAGUUUGUCCCCGGGAUACGACUCAGUUUGUCCCCGGGAUGCAACUCAGUUUGUCCCCGGGAUACGACUCAGUUUGUCCCCUCAGUUUGACUCAGUUUGUCCCCGGGAUACGACUCAGUUUGUCCCUGGGAUGCGACUCAGUUUGUCCCCUGGGAUGCGACUCAGUUUGUCCCCGGGAUACGACUCAGUUUGUCCCCGGGAUACGACUCAGUUUGUCCCCUGGAUGCACUCAGUUUGUCCCCGGGAUACGACUCAGUUUGUCCCCGGGAUACGACUCAGUUUGUCCCCGGGAUGCAACUCAGUUUGUCCCCGGGAUACGACUCAGUUUGUCCCCUCAGUUUUGACUCAGUUUGUCCCCGGGAUACGACUCAGUUUGUCCCUGGGAUGCGACUCAGUUUGUCCCCGUUGUGCGACUCAGUUUGUCCCCGGGAUACGACUCAGUUUGUCCCUGGAUUUGACUCAGUUUGUCCCCGGAUGCGACUCAGUUUGUCCCCGGGAUACGACUCAGUUUGUCCCCGGGAUACGACUCAGUUUGUCCCUGGAUACGACUCAGUUUGUCCGAUACGACUCAGUUUGUCCCCGGAUACGACUCAGUUUGUCCCCGGGAUGCGACUCAGUUUGUCCCCGGGAUGCAACUCAGUUUGUCCCCGGGAUACGACUCAGUUUGUCCCCGGGAUGCAACUCAGUUUGUCCCCGGGAUACGACUCAGUUUGUCCCCGGGAUCCCACUCAGUUCCUCCCCGGGAUACGACUCAGUUUGUCCCCUCAGUUUGACUCAGUUUGUCCCGGGAUGCGACUCAGUUUGUCCCUGGGAAGCGACUCAGUUUGUCCCCGGGAUACGACUCAGUUUGUCCCUGGGAUACGACUCAGUUUGUCCCUGGGAUACGACUCAGUUUGUCCCCGGGAUACGACUCAGUUUGUCCACGGGAUGCGACUCAGUUUGUCCCUGGGAUGCGACUCAGUUUGUCCCCGGGAUGCGACUCAGUUUGUCCCCGGGAUACGACUCAGUUUGUCCCCGGGAUGCAACUCAGUUUGUCCCCGGGAUACGACUCAGUUUGUCCCCUCAGUUUGACUCAGUUUGUCCCCAGGAUACGACUCAGUUUGUCCCUGGGAUAAGACUCAGUUUGUCCCCUGGGAUGCGACUCAGUUUGUCCCCGGGAUACGACUCAGUUUGUCCCCGGGAUACGACUCAGUUAGUCCCCUGGAUGCCACUCAGUUUGUCCCCGGGAUACGACUCAGUUUGUCCCCGGGAUGCCACCCAGUUCCUCCCCGGAUACGACUCAGUUUGUCCCCUCAGUUUGACUCAGUUUGUCCCCGGGAUGCGACUCAGUUUGUCCCUGGGAAGCGACUCAGUUUGUCCCCGGGAUACGACUCAGUUUGUCCCCGGGAUACGACUCAGUUUGUCCCUGGGAUACGACUCAGUUUGUCCCUGGGAAGCGACUCAGUUUGUCCCCGGGAUACGACUGAGUUUGUCCCUGGGAUACGACUCAGUUUGUCCCUGGGAUACGACUCAGUUUGUCCCCGGGAUACAACUCAGUUUGUCCCGGGAUGCGACUCAGUUUGUCCCCGGGAUGCGACUCAGUUUGUCCCCGGGAUACGACUCAGUUUGUCCCCGGGAUGCAACUCAGUUUGUCCCCGGGAUACGACUCAGUUUGUCCCUCAGUUUGACUCAGUUUGUCCCCGGGAUACGACUCAGUUUGUCCCUGGGAUGCGACUCAGUUUGUCCCCUGGGAUGCGACUCAGUUUGUCCCCGGGAUACGACUCAGUUUGUCCCGGGAUACGACUCAGUUAGUCCCCUGGAUGCCACUCAGUUUGUCCCCGGGAUACGACUCAGUUUGUCCCGGGGAGUUUGUCCCGGGAUCAACUCAGUUUGUCCCGGAUGCACUCAGUUUGUCCCGGGAUACGACUCAGUUUGUCCCCUCAGUUUGACUCAGUUUGUCCCCGGGAUACGACUCAGUUUGUCCCUGGGAUGCGACUCAGUUUGUCCCCUGGGAUGCGACUCAGUUUGUCCCCGGGAUACGACUCAGUUUGUCCCUGGGAUGCGACUCAGUUUGUCCCCUUGGAUGCGACUCAGUUUGUCCCCGGGAUACGACUCAGUUUGUCCCCGGGAUACGACUCAGUUAGUCCCCUGGAUGCCACUCAGUUUGUCCCCGGGAUACGACUCAGUUUGUCCCCGGGAUGCCACUCAGUUCCUCCCCGGGAUACGACUCAGUUUGUCCCCUCAGUUUGACUCAUUUGUCCCUGGGAUACGACUCAGUUUGUCCCUGGGAUACGACUCAGUUUGUCCCCGGGAUACGACUCAGUUUGUCCCCGGGAUGCGACUCAGUUUGUCCCCGGGAUGCAACUCAGUUUGUCCCCGGGAUACGACUCAGUUUGUCCCCGGGAUGCAACUCAGUUUGUCCCCGGGAUACGACUCAGUUUGUCCCCGGGAUCCCACUCAGUUCCUCCCCGGGAUACGACUCAGUUUGUCCCCUCAGUUUGACUCAGUUUGUCCCCGGGAUGCGACUCAGUUUGUCCCUGGGAAGCGACUCAGUUUGUCCCCGGGAUACGACUCAGUUUGUCCCUGGGAUACGACUCAGUUUGUCCCUGGGAUACGACUCAGUUUGUCCCGGGAUACGACUCAGUUUGUCCACGGGAUGCGACUCAGUUUGUCCCUGGGAUGCGACUCAGUUUGUCCCGGGAUGCGACUCAGUUUGUCCCCGGGAUACGACUCAGUUUGUCCCCGGGAUGCAACUCAGUUUGUCCCCGGGAUACGACUCAGUUUGUCCCCUCAGUUUGACUCAGUUUGUCCCCAGGAUACGACUCAGUUUGUCCCUGGGAUAAGACUCAGUUUGUCCCCUGGGAUGCGACUCAGUUUGUCCCCGGGAUACGACUCAGUUUGUCCCCGGGAUACGACUCAGUUAGUCCCCUGGAUGCCACUCAGUUUGUCCCCGGGAUACGACUCAGUUUGUCCCCGGGAUGCCACCCAGUUCCUCCCCGGGAUACGACUCAGUUUGUCCCCUCAGUUUGACUCAGUUUGUCCCCGGGAUGCGACUCAGUUUGUCCCUGGGAAGCGACUCAGUUUGUCCCCGGGAUACGACUCAGUUUGUCCCCGGGAUACGACUCAGUUUGUCCCUGGGAUACGACUCAGUUUGUCCCUGGGAUACGACUCAGUUUGUCCCGGGAUACGACUCAGUUUGUCCCCGGGAUACGACUCAGUUUGUCCCCGGGAUGCGACUCUACGACUCAGUUUGUCCCCGGGAUGCAACUCAGUUUGUCCCCGGGAUACGACUCAGUUUGUCCCUGGGAUGCGACUCAGUUUGUCCCCUGGGAUGCGACUCAGUUUGUCCCCGGGCACGACUCAGUUAGUCCCCUGGAUGCCACUCAGUUUGUCCCCGGGAUACGACUCAGUUUGUCCCCGGGAUGCCACUCAGUUCCUCCCCGGGAUACGACUCAGUUUGUCCCCUCAGUUUGACUCAGUUUGUCCCCGGGAUGCAACUCAGUUUGUCCCUGGGAAGCGACUCAGUUUGUCCCCGGGAUACGACUCAGUUUGUCCCUGGGAUACGACUCAGUUUGUCCCUGGGAUACGACUCAGUUUGUCCCCGGGAUACAACUCAGUUUGUCCCCGGGAUGCGACUCAGUUUGUCCCCGGGAUGCGACUCAGUUUGUCCCCGGGAUACGACUCAGUUUGUCCCCGGGAUGCAACUCAGUUUGUCCCCGGGAUACGACUCAGUUUGUCCCCUCAGUUUGACUCAGUUUGUCCCCGGGAUACGACUCAGUUUGUCCCUGGGAUGCGACUCAGUUUGUCCCCUGGGAUGCGACUCAGUUUGUCCCCGGGAUACGACUCAGUUUGUCCCCGGGAUACGACUCAGUUAGUCCCCUGGAUGCCACUCAGUUUGUCCCCGGGAUACGACUCAGUUUGUCCCCGGGAUAUGACUCAGUUUGUCCCCGGGAUGCAACUCAGUUUGUCCCCGGGAUACGACUCAGUUUGUCCCCUCAGUUUGACUCAGUUUGUCCCCGGGAUACGACUCAGUUUGUCCCUGGGAUGCGACUCAGUUUGUCCCCUGGGAUGCGACUCAGUUUGUCCCCGGGAUACGACUCAGUUUGUCCCUGGGAUGCGACUCAGUUUGUCCCCUUGGAUGCGACUCAGUUUGUCCCCGGGAUACGACUCAGUUUGUCCCCGGGAUACGACUCAGUUAGUCCCCUGGAUGCCACUCAGUUUGUCCCCGGGAUACGACUCAGUUUGUCCCCGGGAUGCCACUCAGUUCCUCCCCGGGAUACGACUCAGUUUGUCCCCUCAGUUUGACUCAGUUUGUCCCCGGGAUGCGACUCAUUUGUCCCUGGGAUACGACUCAGUUUGUCCCCGGGAUACGACUCAGUUUGUCCCCGGGAUGCGACUCAGUUUGUCCCCGGGAUGCCACUCAGUUUGUCCCCGGGAUACGACUCAUUUGUCCCCGGGAUGCGACUCAGUUUGUCCCUGGGAAGUGACUCAGUUUGUCCCCGGGAUACGACUCAGUUUGUCCCUGGGAUACGACUCAGUUUGUCCCUGGGAUACGACUCAGUUUGUCCCCGGGAUACGACUCAGUUUGUCCCCGGGAUGCGACUCAGUUUGUCCCCGGGAUGCAACUCAGUUUGUCCCGGGAUACGACUCAUUUGUCCCUGGGAUACGACUCAGUUUGUCCCCGGGAUACGACUCAGUUUGUCCCCGGGAUGCGACUCAGUUUGUCCCCGGGAUGCAACUCAGUUUGUCCCCGGGAUACGACUCAGUUUGUCCCCGGGAUGCAACUCAGUUUGUCCCCGGGAUACGACUCAGUUUGUCCCCUCAGUUUGACUCAGUUUGUCCCCGGGAUACGACUCAGUUUGUCCCUGGGAUGCGACUCAGUUUGUCCCCUGGGAUGCGACUCAGUUUGUCCCCGGGAUACGACUCAGUUUGUCCCCGGGAUACGACUCAGUUAGUCCCCUGGAUGCCACUCAGUUUGUCCCCGGGAUACGACUCAGUUUGUCCCCGGGAUGCCACUCAGUUCCUCCCCGGGAUACGACUCAGUUUGUCCCCUCAGUUUGACUCAGUUUGUCCCCGGGAUGCGACUCAGUUUGUCCCUGGGAAGCGACUCAGUUUGUCCCCGGGAUACGACUCAGUUUGUCCCUGGGAUACGACUCAGUUUGUCCCUGGGAUACGACUCAGUUUGUCCCCGGGAUACGACUCAGUUUGUCCACGGGAUGCGACUCAGUUUGUCCCUGGGAUGCGACUCAGUUUGUCCCCGGGAUGCGACUCAGUUUGUCCCCGGGAUACGACUCAGUUUGUCCCCGGGAUGCAACUCAGUUUGUCCCCGGGAUACGACUCAGUUUGUCCCCGGGAUAUGACUCAGUUUGUCCCCGGGAUGCAACUCAGUUUGUCCCCGGGAUACGACUCAGUUUGUCCCCUCAGUUUGACUCAGUUUGUCCCCGGGAUACGACUCAGUUUGUCCCUGGGAUGCGACUCAGUUUGUCCCCUGGGAUGCGACUCAGUUUGUCCCCGGGAUACGACUCAGUUUGUCCCUGGGAUGCGACUCAGUUUGUCCCCUUGGAUGCGACUCAGUUUGUCCCCGGGAUACGACUCAGUUUGUCCCCGGGAUACGACUCAGUUAGUCCCCUGGAUGCCACUCAGUUUGUCCCCGGGAUACGACUCAGUUUGUCCCCGGGAUGCCACUCAGUUCCUCCCCGGGAUACGACUCAGUUUGUCCCCUCAGUUUGACUCAUUUGUCCCUGGGAUACGACUCAGUUUGUCCCCGGGAUACGACUCAGUUUGUCCCCGGGAUGCGACUCAGUUUGUCCCCGGGAUGCAACUCAGUUUGUCCCCGGGAUACGACUCAGUUUGUCCCCGGGAUGCAACUCAGUUUGUCCCCGGGAUACGACUCAGUUUGUCCCCUCAGUUUGACUCAGUUUGUCCCCGGGAUACGACUCAGUUUGUCCCUGGGAUGCGACUCAGUUUGUCCCCUGGGAUGCGACUCAGUUUGUCCCCGGGAUACGACUCAGUUUGUCCCCGGGAUACGACUCAGUUAGUCCCCUGGAUGCCACUCAGUUUGUCCCCGGGAUACGACUCAGUUUGUCCCCGGGAUGCCACUCAGUUCCUCCCCGGGAUACGACUCAGUUUGUCCCCUCAGUUUGACUCAGUUUGUCCCCGGGAUGCGACUCAGUUUGUCCCUGGGAAGCGACUCAGUUUGUCCCCGGGAUACGACUCAGUUUGUCCCUGGGAUACGACUCAGUUUGUCCCUGGGAUACGACUCAGUUUGUCCCCGGGAUACGACUCAGUUUGUCCACGGGAUGCGACUCAGUUUGUCCCUGGGAUGCGACUCAGUUUGUCCCCGGGAUGCGACUCAGUUUGUCCCCGGGAUACGACUCAGUUUGUCCCCGGGAUGCAACUCAGUUUGUCCCCGGGAUACGACUCAGUUUGUCCCCUCAGUUUGACUCAGUUUGUCCCCGGGAUGCGACUCAGUUUGUCCCUGGGAAGCGACUCAGUUUGUCCCGGGAUACGACUCAGUUUGUCCCCGGGAUACGACUCAGUUUGUCCCUGGGAUACGACUCAGUUUGUCCCUGGGAUACGACUCAGUUUGUCCCGGGAUACGACUCAGUUUGUCCCCGGGAUGCGACAGUUUGUCCCGGAUGCGACUCAGUUUGUCCCCGGGAUACGACUCAGUUUGUCCCCGGGAUGCAACUCAGUUUGUCCCCGGGAUACGACUCAGUUUGUCCCUGGGAUGCGACUCAGUUUGUCCCCUGGGAUGCGACUCAGUUUGUCCCCGGGACACGACUCAUUCCUCCCCGGGAUACGACUCAGUUUGUCCCCUCAGUUUGACUCAGUUUGUCCCCGGGAUGCAACUCAGUUUGUCCCUGGGAAGCGACUCAGUUUGUCCCCGGGAUACGACUCAGUUUGUCCCUGGGAUACGACUCAGUUUGUCCCUGGGAUACGACUCAGUUUGUCCCCGGGAUACAACUCAGUUUGUCCCCGGGAUGCGACUCAGUUUGUCCCCGGGAUGCGACUCAGUUUGUCCCCGGGAUACGACUCAGUUUGUCCCCGGGAUGCAACUCAGUUUGUCCCCGGGAUACGACUCAGUUUGUCCCCUCAGUUUGACUCAGUUUGUCCCCGGGAUACGACUCAGUUUGUCCCUGGGAUGCGACUCAGUUUGUCCCCUGGGAUGCGACUCAGUUUGUCCCCGGGAUACGACUCAGUUUGUCCCCGGGAUACGACUCAGUUAGUCCCCUGGAUGCCACUCAGUUUGUCCCCGGGAUACGACUCAGUUUGUCCCCGGGAUGCCACUCAGUUCCUCCCCGGGAUACGACUCAGUUUGUCCCCUCAGUUUGACUCAGUUUGUCCCCGGGAUGCGACUCAGUUUGUCCCUGGGAAGCGACUCAGUUUGUCCCCGGGAUACGACUCAGUUUGUCCCUGGGAUACGACUCAGUUUGUCCCCGGGAUACGACUCAGUUUGUCCCCGGGAUGCGACUCAGUUUGUCCCCGGGAUGCGACUCAGUUUGUCCCCGGGAUACGACUCAGUUUGUCCCCGGGAUGCAACUCAGAUACGACUCAGUUUGUCCCUGGGAUGCGACUCAGUUUGUCCCCUGGGAUGCGACUCAGUUUGUCCCCGGGAUACGACUCAGUUUGUCCCCGGGAUACGACUCAGUUAGUCCCCUGGAUGCCACUCAGUUUGUCCCCGGGAUACGACUCAGUUUGUCCCCGGGAUGCCACUCAGUUCCUCCCCGGGAUACGACUCAGUUUGUCCCCUCAGUUUGACUCAGUUUGUCCCCGGGAUACGACUCAGUUUGUCCCCGGGAUGCGACUCAGUUUGUCCCCUGGGAUGCGACUCAGUUUGUCCCCGGGAUACGACUCAGUUUGUCCCCGGGAUACGACUCAGUUAGUCCCCUGGAUGCCACUCAGUUUGUCCCCGGGAUACGACUCAGUUUGUCCCCGGGAUGCCACUCAGUUCCUCCCCGGGAUACGACUCAGUUUGUCCCCUCAGUUUGACUCAGUUUGUCCCCGGGAUACGACUCAGUUUGUCCCCGGGAUACGACUCAGUUUGUCCCCGGAAUGCGACUCAGUUUGUCCCUGGGAUGCGACUCAGUGCCAUGUGUUUACCCGUUCUGCCGCAGACGAGAUCGGCGAGAAAAGCGUCCAAGCACCCGCCACCCACCAGCAGCCUCCUAACAACUCCUGUGAGCCGCAUCUAUCAAACACGACGCUACUCAGCGUUAGUCUCAGAGACCUGGUGCUUCUGCCUCGUCCCAGUCCGUUCCUCUCCAUCUCGACGUCUAAUCAGUUCCUCGUUAAUAACCGUCCUCUAAUGAAGCCUUCAGUGAUUGGACAGAAUCUGGGUCGAGGAGAGAUGUAA